AUGUGGAGUUAUUUGAUAUGUUGCAUCAAUCACGUGUGCACAUGUGGUACUGCGUUAUUCAUGCUCGGUGCUGAUAAGAAUAAGCAAAAAUAUAGUACACAUAUACCAAAAAUAACAGGAUGUUAUAACAGUGACUACAUUUACUCAGCUAACCGCCGCCCUCCGCCCGAAGUCGUGUGGCUGGUGGACCGGAAGGCGUGGCCGACGGAGGUGACGAGGGAGGGCGGAGGCUACACGAGGGCGUCGCUGGCACUGCCGAUGCUCACCAGGAACCACUUGAAUGCCAUCAUCGAGUGUCGCGCCUCUAACUUCAACGGGUCCGCCUCCUCCUCGUCCGUAGUGACGCUCGAUAUGAACUUCCGGCCGACCAACGUGAGCAUCGUGAGCAGCGUGUCCUCCUUGAGCGACGGCACGGAGUACGAGAUCGUGUGCCAGACGUGGGGCUCCAAGCCGGCCGCUGCCAUCACCUGGUGGAAGGGGGGCACCAUGGCGCUCAAGAACGCUCUCAUGACGACGUCCGCCGACAGCAACGUGACAACGUCGAUCCUCAAGUACAAGGCAGGAAGGAGUGACAACGGCAAGUACCUCACCUGCCGGGCGGAGAACACAGUCAUUCCGCAGUCGGCCAGAGAGGACGGCUUCAAGCUCAACAUCUACUACAAGCCCGUGGUGACCCUGAGGAUGGGCAGCAACCUGGAUCCCGAAAACAUCAAGGAAAAGGAUGAUGUUUACUUCGAGUGUCACAUCAACGCCAACCCUGUGGUCACGCGAAUCUUCUGGUAUCACAAUGGCUCCCCCCUGGAGCACCGCGUCACCCGAGGCGUCAUCAUACAGAACCAGACGCUGGUGCUGCAAAGGAUCGGGCGCGACGCCGCCGGCUUCUACACCUGCCGAGCAAUUAACAUGGAGGGCGAGGGAGAGAGCCAGCCUGUGGAACUAAAAGUCAUGUACAAGCCGUACUGUCGUCGCCAGAGUAAGACCAUCUACGGCACGGCCCUGCACGAGCCGGCCAGCGUGACUUGCGAAGUCGAAGCCAGUCCGGGUCCAGUGACGUUCAGGUGGACCUUCAACAACACAUCCGAACACCUCCCGAUCUCCGCCUCGGCUGUCACGUCGCAUGAUUUCACCUCCGUGGCCAGCUACGCCCCCAAGAGCCACUUAGACUACGGGACGCUGCUGUGUUGGGCCCUCAAUGAUAUCGGCGCCCAGGCCGUUCCCUGCGCCUUCGCUAUCAUACCGGCAGGCCCGCCCGACCAGCCCAAGAACUGCUCGAUCGCCAACCAGACGACGGACACCAUCGAGGUGGAGUGCACGCCUGGCUUUGACGGCGGCCUCCCGCAGACGUUCUUUAUGGAGGUGUACGACUCAACGACGGGUGUCCUGCACAGGAAUAUCUCCUCGCAGGAGCCCCUGUUCCUGCUGACGGCGCUGCGGCCGGGCCUCGCCUUCCUGAUGGUCACCUACGCCGCCAACGCCAAGGGCAAAAGCGUCGCCUCCAAGCUUGAGACUUACACGCUCAAGGUCGCCGAGAAGAGGACCGGUCCCCCGGCGCUGUUCGAGUUCACGCCCGUGCUGUGGAUCGUGAUGGGCGUUAUGGCCAGCAUCCUGCUCCUGGUGGCCGUGCUCAUGCUCGUCAUGAGGUUCCGCAAGCCGUCGGCCGCGGACCAGGAGGGGCGCACACGGCCGGGCCAAGACGAGGGUAAGGUCGACCUCGAGAACAAGCCCUUGAAUGUGGGCAGCGUGCUGAGGGCGAGGGCGAGGAGCGAGGGUGCGGGCGCGGGCUCUGCGGGUGGCGGCGAGGGCGGCGGCGAGGACAACGACCCAGAUCUCAUUCCGCAUAAGGCGGACAUCAUGGCGUACCCCCCGUACGAGUCGCUGGAGGCGGGGCCGGCGGUCAGCUCGAGUCAGUUCAGCUCCGCCUUCGAGUUGGUGCCGACGGUCCGCUCACUUCCUCUGCAGCGCCCUUCGGCUGCCCCGGCGCCGAGGCACCUACGUGGAGCUCGCGCCGCGCGGGAGGAGCAGGCCGCCUUCCCCGUGGCUCCCGCCCACGCCCGCGCCUACGCCGACGUCGGUAACCAACGGCGGAGCGUGGAACCUCGGCAGCCCCUCACCCGGGGUCGUGGCCGCCGACCCGAAGCUGUACGCGACGCUGACGCACCGCAGGAGCGCCACCAACCUGGCGAGCGUAGCAGGCCCCUGAGGCCGUGUUCUACGGGGUAG